GUUCUGACGUUGUCUUGCGAUGAUGUUUCUGAAAAGCAAUGGCACGAUGUUACCGAAGUUUGUGCCAUCACUCGCGAGCAACCAUCCGAGGAUGAUUUUGUCGAUCUCAUGAAGGAAGUUGUGCCAAAACUCAUAGUUGACAUGUCCACUGCCCCUGAUGCCAGCAUGCCAGAAUCAUCCAAGCGUGCGCACGAAGAGGCAACUGGAGCCAUGACCGAUGCCAGCAAGCGUCAGCUGUCCCCUCCGCCGGACGCUGCAGCGAAGUCUGGAAAGACCGGCGCAAGCUCUAUGGAAAGCUUGUCAGUGACAGUGACGGCGGCUCAGUGGCAUCAAAUGGAUGCAUCAGCUCAUGGACAAUUGCCCAGCCAGGCAUGGCUACGAGCAGACGCCAUAUCUGCCGUGGUCAUGGUAGGUGGAGUUUGGUUGUGUAGCUCUCAACUAGAGCCAGUCCUUCAACAUGUACGACAAGAUCCGGUUGGCGUUGGUCAGCAAUGGCAGCAGAACCAGAAGCUGCCCUUGCAGCAACGCUUGGAAAUGCUGGUGCCAGGUGUUGGCAUCUUUGCUUAUCAGCUGAGUGCAAUUGGUGCAGUCAUUGCAGUAGUCUUCCUGGCGUUUGGUCUUGCCAAUACUCUCGUCGGCCUUAUGGAA